CGCUCUCACAUUCAGCUCAGCGCGCUGCCGCCGCGUAAAGCGUCCGUCUGCAGCUCCUUCGCUCCGAAUGUACAUUCAUUAACGUCCACAUUACAGAUUUAACUCUAUUUUUUUGCCUGGACAAUUGCUGAUAACGUUGGAUAUGUGCAAGCGGAAUUAUGAGAGUCCCAUCCUACCAAACAGAAGUAAAAUAAAAUAAGUUUUUCACACAUUGGAUUAACUCCUCAUUCCUUAUGAAGAAGGCAAAAAUUUGGAUAAGUGUCUGCAUCCGUUUUAUAUCCUUCAUCACAUUUGUAACCAGUGUGAGUGAAAUCCGAAGUCCCUUAACCGAUGAUGUGGACACGAUCUCCAUACUGAAACAAAAUAUACCCAAAGAUUACAAGAUUAAAUUACACCACAUUCCUAAAGAAGUGAGUGGCUUGUGCUGGGUCGAUCUCAAUGUUUAUCAGUUGGAGGAAAGCUUGAGAAAACUGGCGCAGAAGUUUGGAAACAUUUCUUCUAACAGAGAUAACAUUGCUAUAUACAUUCAAAAUCUACAAGACAUACGCUACAACAUUGUUAAUGUGAAAAGAAUUGAUCUGGACUCAAUAAUGGAAGAUUUUCGUUGCCAUUAUAGAGAUGUUACAUGGCAAACAGCGGAUUAUUUUGACUAUGUUAAAGAUUUUCUGAGCGCUGCGCGCUCUAGAAGAGGAGAUACUGCAUGUGAAUCUCCUUUCUGUCCUCCGACGACUCAGGCCAUCGUAACAGAGCGUCUCUCCAGGCCCCCAGAAGCGGAUGGGUGUGAUGGACUGGUGCCAGGUUGUGGCCCAAGAACAGAGCAUCAGUACCUGCCGCGGAUAUCAGAUAAAGGUCUCCUGUUACUGCUGUUUGUUCCCCUGGCUGUAGGCCUGCUCUGCCUAGCAUGGAAGAUAUGCAGAAGGCAAAGACUUGCACCUGACACAGAUGCUGAACGUGGAGCACAAGUCAAAGACCCCACUGCAGAUACCGAAACGUCUGAGGAGAAAAUAACACUGAAUGUUGACACAGUGUAGGAUCUCCAGGACAGCAGCGUUUGGUCGGGAUCCUGAAGCACUUGUUCACACAAGAAGUAAUAUUCAACCUUUGCCUCUGAAGUAACUGAAACAUCGUCACACGGACUCCUGGCGUGAUCUGCUUCUUUCCAGAGACAGAUGUCAUGAUCACUGAGGUGGAGAAACACGGUCAGUCCAGAAAAUAAACGAGAGUGCGGACCUACUGUUGGAACAUGUGGCCAGCAUGUGGACCCAGCGUGAGAGCAGGAAUGGGGCUUCAUGCGGUGGAUUUCUAAAAAGCGUCCUGGGAAGAGUCCGAAAGAUGGACCCAUUUGCUGCUGAGUAAGAGGGAGAAUUCUGUAGGAGCUUCUCAUGAACAUCUCACCAGCCAAAGGAGUAACAUUUUACUAAUGAACAACUUACCUGUUCCAUUGUAUUUGCACUUAAAAGGUUUGCGUGGGUCAAGGGAACAGCAUCCAUCGUGGAUAUUAAAAUGACCUUUAAAAAGUUGUAAGGAAAAGGCGCUUGACUACCUCCAGUGAACAUUGUCAUUAUUCGGUUUUUGAAGCAUAUGUCUUCAACAGUCACAAAAACAAAUGUUGGAAUAUGUCUGUACACACUAUAGUGUGGGCUUGAGGUUGAAAUGUCCUGCUAUAUUAUUAUUAUUUUUUUAAUGGAGAAUAUUGCAUUUAUAUAAUAUGCAUUAAUUUAAUUUUUUUCUUUAUGUCCCUCUUUAAAAAAUGUGAAUUUCAAGUUACCGGACAUUCAUACAAAACUGUCAUUCAUCUAUUAACAUUAACAAAGCUCUGUUUCCUUUUGAGGGGCGGCAUGGUGGUGCAGUGGUUAGCACUGUUGUCUCACACCUCUGGGACCCGGGUUCGAGUCUCCGUCUGGGUUACAUGUGUGCAGAGUUGGCAUGUUCUCCCCAUGUCGUCGUGGGGUUUCCUUCGGGUACUCCGGUUUCCCCCCCACAGUCCAAAAACAUGCUGAGGCUAAUUGGACUUGCUAAAUUGCCCAUAGGUGUGCAUGUGUGAGUGACUGGUGUGUGAGUGUGCCCUGUGAUGGGCUGGCCCCCCAUCUUGGGUUGUUCCCUGCCUCAUGCCCAUUUGUUCCGGGAUAGGCUCCGGACCCCCCGCGACCCCGUAGGAUAAGCGGUUUGGAGGAUGGAUGGAUGUUUCCUCUUGGUCUAACUGGGUUUUAUCUUGGAAGCUUAAUCAAGUUGUUUAUUAUGAAUGUAAUUAUUUGAAAAAGAUUUUUCACUGCACACAGGUAAUGCACAGCUUCAGAAUGUACUAGCUUCAGGGAAGCCCUUAAAUGGCCCUUGCUGCCUUUGAAGCAGACAAGAGAUGUAGGCUUGCUUAGCUGAGGAAACCCCAUCAGCUGAGGAAGCCGCAUCACCUGAGGAAUCCCCAUCAGUUAAGGAACUCAAAUUAUCUAAGGAAACUCCAUCAAGCCGAGGAAACCCCAACAGAUGCGGAAUCCCCAUCAGCUGCGGAACCCCCCAUCAACCAAGGAACCCCCAACAGCUGAGGAAACUCAAUCAGUUGAGGAGGCCCCAUUAGUCAAGGAACCCCAAUUAGCUGAGGAAACCCCAUCAGACAAGGAAACCCUAUGAGCUGAGAAACACUCUGUCAGCCAAGAAACUCCUACCAGCUUAUAGGAGGCCCCAUCAGCUAAAGAACACCGAUUAGCUGAGAAAACCCAAUCAACUGGGGAACCCCCAUCAGCCGAGGAACCCCCGUCAGCCGAGGAAACCCCGUCAGCUUAGCAUGGUCAGAUCUCGCUUCUUGCUGAGCUGUUAAUUCUUACUGAUGUAUCUCCUGGAGACACAAAAGAACUCUUACAUAAUCAUAUUUCCAUUGUAUACCAAAAGUCCUGUAAAUCAAUAAAUGUGUAAUACACUACAGUGUUUGUAGUUAUCUGUUUUUAUUAUUUAAACCAGUGCACAGUCUCAGGAGUGAUUCAGGGUUUCAUUUCACUGCAUGUUGUCUGUGUAUAACUACGCAUGUGUCAAAUAAAACGUCUUGAUCUUCUUGA